AUGGAACGGCUGAUCACACUAUGUAGAGGAAAUAUUCGUGAAGGCAACAUUGGUAACAUUGUGGAUGUUCGAAGAGCUAGAAAAUCAGAAAACUCUGGGAAUUGCUUAUAUAACAUAGUAUCUAUAAAAGAAAAGACACUAAGUUAAAAACUGCUGAAACUACAGAAAUCAAGAAUGGUGUACAUCACCUUGCAAGCGGCCGGACCCUUUCUUGUGGUGAAGGUCAACAAGAUCUUACUUUAUUCUCUUGAUAGAGUAUGAAAAGCCCUUUGUAACUACGCCUCUUUUGUCUUUUACAAACUAUUCAGCCAGAGCCUAGAGAGGAAUUAUUAUGUUUACACCACGCUCUCCUUUGCUUUUUGGGCACUAAAGCGAUACGAAAUGUGAGACUAUUUUUUUUUCUUUUGUUGACGCGUCACAGUCUAAAAGUCUGAGAGUUUCUUUAUUGUUUUUUCUUGUGCAAAUUUGUUUCAUCCACUUAGAUCUCAAACUUACACAAAUUACGUGACCUUUACAGAUAUUUUGUAUUGAAUUAGCUAAAAUCGAUUGAUAGCUACGUUGUGCCCGUUAUUAUCUUCACCAGCAGACAACUGAGUGUUUGUUGCAGCUUAUAUUCAGAUUUGAAGAAACAAAUUGCGAUUUCUUUAUACGUGGAGCAAACUGGUUUAUUUGAUUAAAUCGAGUAGUAUUCUGAAUGACAAUCCCUAAUCCAAACACUUUCGUGGCAGAAAACCGAAAUUUUAUGAGGGGAGCAUGGCGUAACAUCCUGAAGCGCACUUGCGAAACUGAGUUAAGAUAAAUGCUAACUAGAGCUGAUGUUACGUUGUACGUGGAUGUUAAAAUCUAGGACAAAGAAGCCUAUUCCAACCUUGACCCCUGAUGCAAAUAGGAAGGGAAGGGAAGUUUUAGCUGUUACACAUCUCAAUGGACAAAAACUGGGCCAAAAUAUACCCCUGUGAUCAUAUUACUCCCCACUGUGCAAACCUUGGCCUUCUUAAUUCAACACAUUUUAUAAUUAAGUUCUGAUAUAACGCAAGUCUUCAUCGGUUGAAACAGCGUGCUCUAUCAGAACAUAAAACAUAGAGCAAGAGAGCUUAAGGUGUCACGCCAUCUGCUAAAUUGCACUAUGUCCAACCAUUUCCCAGAUUUCUCUCUAGCUUUUUUUUUUUCUUUUUUUUUUUCGGAACAAGCCAGCCGGCAAGUAGCAACAGAAACCAAAACAAAGGUUUAUAAACAUGCCAAGCGCCGUAAUUUACGUUAUUACAUCAUGAGCAGAGACGAAAAUCCCUAGAUAGAAAAGGAAUGGACAGUCCGAGUUUGAAGGUUUUCUUUAGUAAGGUUGCAAGCUUAAGUACGCUAAUAAACAUCAAACACAGCUAACUCUCGUAUAGUAUAUAAAAUUUUGUGUUCAGAAACAAAACAGAACAAACUAGCAUAACUGUUAAAUUCAUACUAAUCAUAACGGAGUGAGAGCGACUGCGACUGUGCUGAGGUCCAUCGCGGCUAGCUCAUCAUCGCGAUCUCCGGUCAACGUAGUAAAGGAAGCCUCAGAAAUUACAUCGGCCGCCCUUCGAGUGAACAACUAAGAGCUUGCUCUGAUAUCCUUUCUGAUGGGUUGAGUGCAGGCGAGUUUUACAGCCCCGUCAUCCCAAGCAAUCUUCAUCUUCAUGUGAAUUCAGCUGUCAUUAAUUGAUAAAACACACGCCUUGAGCAGUUUGUUUUCUAAUUGUCUUGUGAAAAAACUUACGUUUUCAUGAGUCACAAUUCAGCUGGAUUUCAUUAAACAUUUCGCUUUCAGGUUCUGUAUUAGAGCCGAUAAAAACUUCAGGCAAAAGUGUUAAACUCGACCUGCCGAACUAUUUCAGUUUGUAGACUAUUGCAGAUUGUGAACUUUGGUGGUUUGACAUUUUUGACAGCUUUAGUCUUAUUCAAUCAAUCAGAUUAUUUGAACCAUUCUUACAAGGAUUCUGAUUAGCUUAUUGUAGCGUGCUUUAUGAGAGUAUGGAGCAUGCUGAGGAUAUUGUUAUUCGCUUUGAAAAUAAAGUUUGUUUUGAAAAUUGAGAUUAAUGUGUGGGGAAUUUAACAGAUUCUUUAUUAUAAAACAAACACAGAGGCCUUGACUUCGCUCUGUUCUGUUGUAAGGCACUUAGGGAGCAGCUAGAGUACGCAAGAAGUGGGAAAAAUAAUUUAUUGAAAUCGUGCGUUCGGUCAAAACAACCGCGUACGAUAAAAACAAUAAUAUACAAAUUUUUUCACAUCUUUAAAGCGCAAAGAAGUUCGAAGUCCAGCUCAAAAGUUCAGGGAAUUGUUCAGUCUGUGUCCGAAUCACUUUCGAUGAAAUGGAAUCGUCGUUUGCGAGGUUUAAUCAUGUUUGUUUUAAAUUUCGGCGUAGAAUUGCUCGAACAAAGUGUUAAGCUAGAUAGGCUCGUAAUUUUCGAUUUCCUUGACAAUUCCCUUAUCUAAACAUCACUUUUUCCAAAUCGACAUCCAAAAAGCAGCGCUUUUUGUGGUGUUUGUGUUGUUAGAGCUGUUUUUUAGCUGCUGUAUUGUUGUUGCGGUGGUGAAAGAAAACCUACUUAAAAUAUCGACCAUUGUUUCGCUCGCAAAUUUUCAGCGUAUCCAAAUCUUGCAACAUCCAAGGCUCGCAUUUGAUUGACUAUCUGUGAGUUUCUUUGAUUAUUGACCAAUCAGAAUGUCUGGUUUGUUACUUCUUUGCACUGAAUUAACCCUCUUCUGCACUGAAUUACCUAAAAACUGAAUUUAUCUCAACCCAUCAAACAGAGUAAUUUUUUUCAUGUAUAUCUUUAAUCAUAGAAAUUACAAUUUUCUCGAUAGUGAUUGGUGAAAAACUCCUAUUUUCCGCUAAUCCACUCGCCACGUUGUUACCAGACCGUUUGUUAGUGGACAGUUUGUUAUUGGACAAUUUGUUAUCAAACAGUUUGUUAUCUGACAGUUUCUUAUCGGACAGUUCAAUAAGCCAAUCGCUUUCUAAGUUGUGGUUCGAAUCAACCAAUCACAUUCAAAUUUGUAGGUUAAAUCAACUAAUCACAACCAUCACACAAUUUGCGCCUCCUUUGUUGGUCUUUGGAUGCAAAUUUUCCCUUUCUUUCAUAACUUGUUUAUUCUGUUUUCAGAAAUUGUAAUUUUUAUGAUUAAUUGGUAAUAAGACUUUUUGAUAUCCAAUUUCGGUCUGUAAGGGUACUUGUGAUAAACAAAUUGGACUCUUAUUGUGCGGUUGUCUGAAUUUUGUCAUCACUCGCAUGAUUACAGACUGAAUUGGACUCCGCUCAGCCUUAUUACCAUUACUUUUUUUACGCUCUUUUCCCUAGUAUAUGUAACUAUAUUGUAUCUCAUAAAAUAAAAUAGAAAUGACUGUAUAAAACAGUAAAAAUACUGAAUAGAUGGGUCAAAAUUUGUUCCCAGGGUAUUAUCUCUUCCCAUUUCUUAAAUAUAGAGAUGUGUGAAUUAAUGAACUGGCAAGUCAUCCAUUAGGAGGCUAUGACUUUUGCAAGUUUCAGCUUCUGGAACUUAUGAGUUUUCUAUUUGUGCGUAUGAUGAGGGGGGCAUUGGGGCCUAUUAGAAACCGCAAAACCGUAGAAAAAAUCAUCUAAAACCGAAAACCGCAUGCAAAACUGUCAAUACCGAUACAUGUUCACAUCCCAGUUAUUAAAAACCCUGAUCGAUCCGAUACAGUGAUGACAAGUGGAGCAUACAGAGUGAAUUACACUUAUUUUAUUACAGGAUUUAUGAAUGCCAUGGACUUGGCAUUCGUAUCUUCUAGUAUCUGCUUCAAGCUGCUCUCUCGAGGACCUCGAGCGUGGUCUUUGCGGACUCAGCAGCUGGUAAUGGAGCCUAAUUAAAUUAAGGAAAUUUGCAUAAACGUCCUCUAUAGGAUUGCAAUUUUGCAGUCGCAAAAAGCUAUAGCUCUGGAAAGUUUCAUUGAAAAUCCCAAAUCUAACAUUUCCAUUUGCGAACUAAGACCUGGAAGUUUGGAGAUUCUAUUGAGUGUUGAAUCAAUCAGUCAAGCGUGGCCUGUGACUUGGUCACCAACUUCGAGGUGGCCGAAAACCGCAUCGAAUAUCAAAUCCGAAAACCCGCUAAUAUUUUUCGCGAAAACCGAAAACCAAAUGCUGAAAUACGGAAAAUCCGCAAACCGCAAUGAAUACCAAAACCAAAAAACCGAAUUUUUUUGGCACGAAAACCGAAAAACCGUUAUAAAAAAUAGCCAAAACCGUAAAACCGAAAAUCCCAACGCCCCCCUCUAUGAUAAAUGUUGCUACCUAUUUGUAUUCAGAUUCAGUCAGAUGAGGAAGGGAGAAAUAUUACCACAACACUGUAACUCUGUACUCUAAAAAGUACUGCUAUGUUUUGAUGAUCCUUCACCCCAAGGGAAUAUCUACUUUUAUGAGGUUCCUUCCCGACCUUAAAAUUGGCAUAUCCAGCAAAAUUGCUGAAAUAGUUCCUUGCCAUACUUUGGAUGAAUGUUCACAAAAGGAGCAAACUCUUAAGAUAGCUUUUACAGUAGGCAGGAGGGUUUGAAGUUCACUCUUUUGACUUACAUUUGCUGUUUCCUCUAUUUUAGAACAAAGAGCUGCAUUUAUGUCAUCAUUGAGAAAUACGCUAAUGGGAGGUGAGCUUUCAAAAUUUUAUUUGUGUUUUUCACUUAUUUAAAGGUUGAUGUGGAAUUUCCUUUCUCUCUCUGGGACAUAACAUGAAGAGACAAUUAGGAAUGAGACUGGUAACUUUAAGGAAAAAAAUCUUUGUUUCCAACAGAGAGCCAGUGCUAACUAAAUUACUACUCAUGAUUUUCUACUCAUGACUUUCCUGAUUUUUCAGUGGUGAACUAAAAGCAGUAUUCAAAGUGGUUGUAGGCGGUCUUACAGUCGUUUCUGCCAUGGAGGUACUGAGUCGUUGGUCCUCAUUUGAUCAAGUGGUCGCUACUGUACAAACCUGUCUGCUUCCAGCCGGUACAAGUCUGGUUCAAGUUACUGAUAGCUGCGUAUGCCUUACAGUUCAAGCUGAAAGUUUAUCAGCUCUUAAAACUUUGUGGAAAUUAUAUCAGGAUAGAACCCUUCAGAAACGCCUGUGCGAUUUCUUUGUCACUGAUGAGGUAAAAGAACUCGCCGAUGGAGAGGAUGUAGGGGUGAAUAUCGCCCUCGAUGGAGACGAAUAUCAGAAAGCUUGUAUCGAGCUCACACAAGGGACCCAAGGUGACCCUGAAUCACUAUGUUUCACUUAAUUUUAGCGAAUUUCUGAGCCCAAAUUAUCAUACGGGUCGUGUUAACGUUCCUUGACACAUAUUUGAUAUAUUUCCUGCUUUGAGGGUAAAAAACCAAAGAAUAUAAAACUAAGGGUGUGACUGCCUACUGCAUAUUACUGUGUUUGUGGCCGUUCUCUAUGUAGAAUCCCCCACCGGAAAAAAAAGUGAACCCCUCUUCUUCAGGGUUUUUAAGUUUCUUGGGGUUUUCUCACGAGCUUUCCCAACUUCUCUUCUUUUUCUCAAUGCCUCACAUAGUUAUUUCAUCAACAAAAUAGUACAGAAAACUGUUUAUUACGGAUACGGUUGCGACGGAGAACAUGAGCCCAUCAGUGCUUAACAAGUAAAUUUUUAUCUUGUCCGUUUUAAUUAAUGUGUGAUGGAUGGAAAAAUUCAAGUAACGAGCCAAGACAAUUAGAAGGAGCAGAUUCACUGGUCCGUGUACUCUUAAAUUUUUCUCGUUAAGGAGACUUUUUAACUUAAUAUUGCAAGUUAGAACUCAGACUCAGGCACCAUUUUUUAACAAUUAACCUAAACUUUUCAUAUUUUCCUAUCACUUACCUAUGGGACGUUCCUUUGAAGUAUAAAUUUAUCGAGCUAAUAAUAUCAGUUUUAUAGUUACCGUUAUUAAUUUUUGUUUUAAAACUUCUAGGAGGUGCAUCGAUUGACUAUGUCGAAAUAAGCAGGCGAAACCCUGAAUCAGCUGUAUAUUUCAACGCAGUGGUUUGGGAACACUCACUGUUAUAUCCAUAGAGGAAACUGAGGACGUAUGAGGUGAAACUGAUUUAACCGUUGUUUCUGUUAUUUUUAUGAAUCGAUGUUAACGGUGAAUCAUUACAAAGAUCUAGUUUUUUAUGAAUAAAGGAAGAAUGCUGUUAAUCAGAGCUUAUUGCAAAAUGUUGCAUCCAAAUUUGCGUUUGAAGAAGAAAGGAGUAUAACACUCCAUCGAACUCAAGCCGCAAAAAAGAUCAUCAACACUUUUUUUAGUUUUCCAAUGAAAACAAACUAACAUAGGGUGUAGUCCAUUGGCAUGAUCGCUGCCCUUGAAAAGUAUUCUCAUCUGAAAAGAUGGCAUAACUAUCACGAACAGCAUAUCUUGUCCGACGUAGUUAAGUGUAGGAAUUUUGAUUCAGUCAACCUUCGUUAUCUGCCUCCUUUCCACCACGUCGACAGCCAUUUAGGCCGUUCAAACAGGGAAAACAGCUAUUCAAUCACCGACGGACAAACAUUAAACUUAGUGGCUAUUCACUGAGGCAGACAACCCUUCACAUUUUUAAUGCGCUCAAGGGAAACACAAAUGUCUCCAGUGUUAAAGGUGAACGUUUUACAAACUGCUUUUAGUCACCCUUCAUUGUUCGUUUUCCCUUAACAUUUUUCGCCCAAAAUCAUUUUACUGUUUUGUUUUGAUACAUUUGACAGUUUUACUCAUUUUUGUACCAAUGUUGUUAAAAAAAUGUCCAAAAUAAAGAAAAAAUAUAUGUUACAUUAUACCCCUAUCUCGCUAUGACAACAUUUUCCCUACAGAGGUCGCUUCUCAUGGUCAGAAAGGUGGCCUUUUUGGAGAAAUAUAACUUUCAUCAAAUAUUUCUAAUCGUUAUUUCUCCUUUUAACUUUAUUCAGAUUCCAGUACAUUUUGCGUUCAAAAUCUGACGGAAGAGUCUUUUUACGAACUGGAUAGGAGACUUUCUGUUGAUAAAGUUGGGUUGGAAACGGUUUUUCGAUAUUUUUGCGGUGAAAUGGGCUACAUUCCUCCCAUAACAAGGUUAUGUUUUUCUUACGAAGCAAAUUGCAAAAAGUUCUCCUAACACUCCUGUUGACCUAAUAAGGCAAUGUUUCGAGGCUCUUCAAUUGUACGAUCUUGUUGACUUUCUUGAGAAGGCGGUAAAACCAAUUUCACUUCGUCCUGUUCUUUCCUCAGGAGAAGUCGAGACGUUACGCGCUGGUAAUCUUCCCACAACGUUUCAAAACAAUGUGGUAGUACUGGUACAGAAUGACAAUGCGAAGAAGGACCUCAAUCAAAAGAUUGAGGGAUUUUUCGAAGAAUUAAAUUCGCGGAACGAUGUCACAGUAAUUGGAUCUUCUCGCUCAGAGAAAAACCGCAGGGCACUGAAUGAUUUGAAAAUGAAGCAAGUACUGGUGAAUAAACCUGUUCUUUUGGAAAAGGAAUUGAAAUUGGAUUUGCUUCUUCCUACGCAUGAACUUUUGAGAGUCAAGUACAAUGUCGCAGAACUCAGAGAGAAAAUGAGGAAGAACAAACUGCUUGUGGAGGAACAACUGAAAGAGAAUAAGGAGACUAAGACGAUCAUAACAUCUACAAUGGACAACUGGAUUCAGAAUAAAGGUUAG